GAAACCGGAGCGAGAUAUUUGCAUUUCAGUCCCUGCGAAGAGAAAACCGUCGCGUCCUCGCCGCGCCGCUCGCGUCGGGAUCCCGCCGCCGCCCUACUCGGUCGACCAUGGGGACGGCGACGAUGGCGACUGCGGUGGGCGCGGCCAUGCUGCUCUACUUCGUGCUGAGCCGGCGGCUGGCGGGCGAGGACGUCUCAGCCCGCGGCGGUGGAGGGGGAGGAGUCGGGUCUGGAAAGCGGCGGAGGGGGCGCGCGCUGCGGCGGCCGGUGCAGCCGCCGGCGACGUGGAUCGAGGCGGUGGGCACGCUCGCGGAAACGCUGCGUUUCACCUACUCGGAGACGCUCGGCAAGUGGCCCAUCGGGGACCUCGCCUUCGGAAUCAAGUACCUCAUGCGCCGACAGGGCAAUUUACAUGUUGCCAGUGUAUAUGCUGGAAGUGAUUGCAUUGAAUUGAAAGGACCUCAAAUCAUGGAAGAGCUGAUUGUUCUACGGCGGUUGAUUGACCUGUGCUUUCUUUUCUCUAAGAAGCCAUUUCCAGUGUUUCGGGAAUUAGCUGGAUUUUCACAGGAGGAUGUUCUUAUUGAGGAACCAAAGGCGGGGAUUUUGAAGCCUGCCCAUACAAUUAUACGUGAUGAGUGCACCAAAUCCUUCCUUGUUUUGAUCCGAGGGACUCAUAGCAUGAAAGAUACUCUGACUGCUGCUACUGGGGCUGUAGUGCCAUUUCACCUCUCACUUUUGGAUGAAGGCGAUGUGAGCAAAUUAGUGUUAGGUUAUGCACACUGUGGGAUGGUUGCAGCAGCCCGCUGGAUUGCAAGAGGUGUAACACCAUGCCUCCGUGAAGCAGUCAGACAAUGCCCAGAGUACCAAAUCAAGAUUGUUGGCCAUUCAUUGGGUGGUGGUACUGCUGCAUUGCUAACCUACAUCCUUAGAGAACACAAAGAGUUUUCUUCAACAACUUGUGUUGCAUUUGCACCUGCUUCUUGCAUGACAUGGGAAUUAGCAGAAUCAGGCAAGCAUUUUGUGACAACGGUUGUCAAUGGAGCUGAUCUGGUUCCCACUGUAUCAACUGCAUCUAUUGAUGAUCUCCGUUCUGAGGUAACAGCUUCAUCAUGGUUAAAUGAUCUGAGGGAUCAAAUACAACAGACACGCUUCCUAAAUGUCGUUUACCGGUCAGCCACUGCUUUAGGAACUCGCCUGCAGUCUUUUUCUGGUGCGAGAGAGAGGGUUGCAGGUGCUGGAGCAUUUCUACGUCCUGUUUCAAACAAAACCCAGGUUGUGAUGAAACAAGCACAGAAUGUCGCACAGGCUGUUGCUAGAAGUCGGUCUGCAUUUUCCUCAUGGUCAUGCAUGGGUGCACGUCGUCGAGGUGUAGGUGUAGUUACUGCAUGUUCUAAAGAUGAUAUGAGAGUGGAAACCCAUGUAACAUCAACAGUUGAGUCAAAGUCUGUCCUUGUAGAACAUUGUGGCGCCAAGACCAUAGAAGAACUGCAGUAUACUGCAGCUAGUGUUUCUGUUCAUGAUGCAGCAGAGGAAGAAGAGGCUCUUUUGAGUGAACAUGAAACCUCCAGGGAGAAUGCCGAAGAAGAAACAACAGAGGGUGAGUUGUGGUAUGAGUUUGAGAAGGACUUGGAUCGACAAGCUGAAAUGGAGGCACGAACAAGGGAGGAAGAGGCAGCUGCAGCCAAAGAAAUAAUGGAAGAGGAAAGUGCUGUGCUAAAAGGUGUAGAUGACAGGCAGUCCUUCACACCAGAUAGCUUGGAGAGGCAGCAAUUCUACCCCCCUGGUAGAAUCAUGCACAUGGUUGCAAUGCCUCCCACAGACGCUGACCCAGAUGAUCCGGUUGCUGCUGACGAGUGCUGUGUUGGAAUAUAUGAGACCCCUAGAGAUCUUUACAGCAAGAUUCGACUCUCAAAUACCAUGAUCAAUGACCACUACAUGCCAAUGUAUAAGAAAAUGAUGGAAACAUUGAUUGAGAAGUUCGCGAGGGAUGAGGACUGCUAUUGUACAGGUUCUACUGCAGAAUAACAUGGAAGCAUGAAUGACCUAUGUACAUCGAUAACUGUACAAUACUCCGUGUUAGCUGUUAUUAGCCUAUCUGACAUUGCAAUAUACAAGAGGUGAUGUCCUCCUGACCCGUGAAAAAAGGAUUUUAGUUAGGGUCAUGUGAGUGUGUGAUGUGUAAAUGUAAAAGAAACCAGAAUCAGCAAUUUAAUACCUUUUCCAGUC